AUGUCGACCGUACCGGCAUCCCAGCCGAACCCCAACGAUCCGGGCAUUGGUCCCGUGAUCUACGGAGUGUCAUGGACCUUCACUAUUCUCGCCCUCUUCACAGUUGGCUUGCGCUUCUACGUUCGACGCGCGAGCUCCCGUUUCUUUGCCCUCGAGGAUUGGGUCAUGGCGUUAGCCCUCGCCCUCCAGCUUGUCUAUCAAUCCAUUCUCCACAUCAUGUGUACCUACGGCCUGGGAAAGACAGGAGCCAACAUCACCCCUGACGAGCUUUUGCAUACCCGGAGGUGGAUGUGGAUUUCAUCACCUAUUGCCAACAGUGUUUCGAUCUUUGCUAGGCUGUCUGCCAUGAUACUCCUGGUUAAAAUCUUCGGUACCACACACCAGUGGUUCAAAUGGUUCUUGAUCGGUUUUAGCAUCAUCAUGGUGAUUCUUGGCAUUAUGUCGCCCAUUUUCUUGUUCGCCCAAGUCACUCCGACGUCGGCGCUCUGGGAUGUCAACGUCGUGGUCGUCUUCACCAUCACCGACCUCACCUAUGUGUUCUUCCCGGUCUGCAUCUUGUGGAACCUAAGGAUGCCCACGCACCAAAAGAUUGGGCUUAUCCUGGUUAUGUCUCUGUCGCUCAUUACUAUGGGCGCUGCCAUGAUCAAGGUGGUGUUGGUCAUCAUCCAGCUCACCAACGCGCCCGCGGUGGGCCACGGCAACCUGGCCUACUUCAACGGUCUCUACAACCUUUGCACCGGAGUCGAGCAAUGCCUCGUCAUCAUCAUGGGCUGCAUCCCGGUGCUGCGGUCCAUCGCCAAACUCAGUUUCCCUCUCCUCAGCACCAUCAGCUUCUCAUUCAAGCGGAGCAAGUCCAGCAUCUCCUCGGGAUACUAUUCUGGUCAUCGCAACGAUUCACACGACUCGAACAUGACGCCUCGGUUGCGGGCGUCCGAUGACGGCGAGCACUCGGUGAGAUGCGAUGCCGGGGGUGGGACGAAUCAAGAGGGUGAGUAUAUACAACGGGUUGAUGGGUACAGCGUGACAUACGGGGAACGCUUGCGCGAGAAGGUCUAG